GCGGGUCGGUGAAAGCGGAAACCAGACUGUGUAGCGGAGAAUGCACUAUGUAUGUCCUUGCCUGCUUGAUUUUGGGAUAACGUGGAGUAAAAACCUACCCUGUAAUUGACGUAGGUAACUGUUUAGUUAAUACCCGAUUGGACUCUGAAAGACAGUCCAUUAUGCCUCUUCAUAAAUAUGCCCCCAAAAUGUGGGAUGCCCUAAAGCUGAAGCAGGGCAUCUACGCCCGUCUCCCUAAACACUACCUCAAGUCCCUUGAGCAGAAAGAACCCACCCCAGUCCAUUGGAAGCCUCUGGGAGUCGAGUACCGACGCAACCCAAAGACAGGACACAAGGAGCGGGUGCAGGACGUCCCGAUCCCCAUCUACUACCCUCCACAGUCGCAGGACGGCCUGUGGGGAGGAGAGGGGUGGAUAUCCGGCUUCAGAUACGCCAACAAUGACAAGCUGUCGACUCGUCUGAGGAAGACCUGGAAACCGCAGGUGUUCAAAAGAGAGCUAUACAGCGAAAUCCUCGACCACAAGUUCACCAUCAAGGUCACUGCACGCACUCUGGACCUCAUCGAUGCUGCCUACGGAUUCGACUUUUAUAUUCUUAAAACACCAAAGGAAGACCUGAACUCCAAGUUGGGGAUGGACCUGAAGAGGGCUAUGUUGCUCCGCCUGGCACACAAAGACAAAGAGCUCUACCCCGAUGACCCUGUCAAGAGAGAGAAGGUGUACAACAAAUACAAGCAGCAUUUUGAGAUCCCAGAGGAGGAAGCAGAGUGGAUGGGUCUGAGUCUGGAGGAGGCUGUGGAGAAACAGAGGCAGCUGGAGCACAAGGAGCCUGAGCCUUUGUUCAAGGUGUGUGUGGACAACCUGGUGGAGGAGCUACACAUUCAAAAACUGUUAGAGCCGCACCUCACAGAGAAGAAGUGACCAGCUGAGCCAUCUGAGCUGGACCAGAGUCAGCUUUUCAGACUGAAACAUUAAGUAGGUUGAACUGUCAGACUUCUCCAGAUGGUGGUGGGAGUCAACAAGUUUCUGAAAAUUAUUCAAGACUGAUUGUACACCAAGGAGAACUCUCAUUUCCAUCUGGGAGUGACACAAAGGUGGAUACAAAUGACAAGGAGUAGUGAUAAUUUAUAUCCUAUUUAAGAUCCAUACACUGAGUAAGAUGUUGUAGGAUGAAGGGAGACAUCUUCAUCAGCGUAAAUACUCCAGAACCAGCUGUGAUAUGAGGCCCCUGUACAGAGUAUCUAACAAAAAUAAAAGAUUGACUUUUUUUUCGUAAAAGUUUUUCUGCUCAUAUGUUCUUCAAUUAUCAUGAAAUCAGUUCACUAAUUAUAUAAUUCUCUUAAGUCAUAGCAUGAUUUUAUGUGGAAGUUAAAGGAAUAAUUAAACAUUUUAGGGAAUACAAUAAUUUGCUUUUACAGGAGAAUAUUGAGACCACUUUCAUGUCUGUGCAAUAAAUAUUAAACUGUGUACUCAGUGUAAAAAACAAACAAACUGGAAACUAGGGCAACAGCUGGACCGAUUCAGUCCAGCAGUACAAAAUCUGCCUACCAACAUCUGUCAGGUUUAUAUAUGAACACAUUUUAUCUUAUUUGUUAAAGUUGUACAAAAAAACAUUUAAAGAAAAUGUUUUGGUCUCACAAGCAGUUAUAUGCCAGAGCAUCUCUUGGCCCACUGAAGCCUUGUUUGUCAUUGUAUUAGUGAAUAAAGAUUUAAUUUCUGUUUUGACACAUA